GCGCCACCGGCCUCACCGGAGAAAACAAACUGCGUGGAUGCGCACUCGAAGCAUGCGGCUUCAGGCUCUCUUCAAGCACGUGGAUUUGCUUUCUUUACUAUCGGAAUACAUUUAUCAGGAACAAGGUUGGUGAACAGUUGUGAACAGCAUGUCAAAGACCCCUCCUCACAGGCGUGGGAUCACGUUCGAGGUGGGAGCGCAGCUGGAGGCUCGGGACAGCCUGAAGAACUGGUAUGCAGCUAGUAUUGAGAAGAUAGACUAUGAAGACGAGAAGGUUCUGAUCCACUACAGGCAGUGGAGUCAUCGUUACGAUGAGUGGUUUGACUGGAGCAGUCCGUACCUCAGACCAGUGGAACGAAUCCAGCUGAGGAAACAAGGUCUCCCUGAAUGGCAGACGGCAACAGGCUUUCAUGUCAACCAGAAAGUUCUAGCCAGCUGGUCAGACUGUCGGUACUACCCUGCUAAGAUCCUGUCCCGUGGCAAAGAUGGGUUCUACACAGUGAAGUUUUUUGAUGGAGUUGUGAAGACCGUGAAGGGGAUUAAAGUGAAGCCUUUCCACAAGGAGAGCUCUGAUGGUGAGAAAAAUCAGCAGGCACGGAAGCGGGGUGACCAGAACGGGAAAGAAUGGAAACCCAAGGAGAAGGGCAACAGCCGAAAUAACGGAUCGAGACACAGCACCUCUGACCAGGAUGGAGAGAGCAGAUCAGAGAAGGAUGAAGAGGACAGCCCAGUGAUAGAUGAGUCCAGAAAAUUCCAGAAUGGCAGAUUGACCGAAAGUGCAGCAACUAAGAAAGUGAACGAAUCAGAGCCAGAAUCUGUUGAGCAAAAAGAAAAACUGCCCAGUGAAGAAAUCAAGACCGAACCGCUUGAAAAUGGAGAAGACAAGAACAAAACAGAGAAUAAAGAGAACAAAUCAGAAAAUAAAGAGAACAAAAUGGAGAAUAAAGAGAUGAAUAGAGGACAAGAGGAAGAGAAACCCAAAGCACUUCAAAAUGCCAUUGACAAGAGCGAGGAGGAAAAGAAAGAGAAAGAGGAUGUGUCAGAUGAAAGUCCCAGACUGCCCAGAAGGACACUGAGUCGGAUGGGAGAUGGGAAAGACAUGGAACGGCCCAGUGGUCCAGAGCUGAGGAAGAGACGAGCAUCAACGGGACAGAUGCCACCGUCCAAAAGGAGCAGAGCCAAUUCAAGUGCAGACAAAAAUGGUCGAUCCCAGAUCAAACCAGAUAAGUCAGAAUCUGUCCCGGGGGCCUCUGAAAAUAAGGCUGGCCCAACUUGUCCUGCAGAAAAUGCAGAACCCACAGAAGAGGCAGGAUCCACACCUGAGCUUGCUGCAGCACUCAAACACCAAGUUCACCUUCCAACAACAAACAAGUACAGCAGAGAGCCAUUAUACAGGGUCAUCAAAAACCAACCACCCCCUAUCCUGUCCAUUGAGCUUGACCAUAACCCCUUCAAGUGCAAGAUCGCAGGCUGCCUCAAAUCUUUCCGCAAGGCAUCUCUGCUGCACUACCACAUGAAGUACUACCACGCACAGAGCGACCCGAGUCCUCCUCGCUGCGUGCAGACGCGCUCCUCAGACAAACAGAAUCACAGCCAGGAGACACCCCGCAGGCGCCGGACAGUCUCUGCUUCCCAAAAUACACCCUCCCCUCUAAGUGAUAGUAAGUCAGGCCACACUCUGUCACCCCCUGCUGCUGGCAGCAUGCACCGGCAGCGCUCGAACACACUGGGUGCUGAGAGGAGCAAAGAAAACCAACACAUCAACCGCUCGCUGCAUGAUGACAGAGACUGGGUUGCCAAGGAAACAGUAGGGCAAAAAGAACGAGAGCGGCUGAGAGAGAAACGGCAGAGGGAUUUCUUGCGCAUUAAACUGAAGAAAAAGAAGAAGAAAAAGAAGUCUAAGUCAGAAUAUUACAGCACUGAGGAGAGCAUUGGCCAAAAGUCUGUCCCCUGCAAUCUGAAUUCUGCCCUCAAAUUGCCCCUCUCCCUCACUCACCGCUCCUACAUGGGACACUGCCCUGAAAAGAUGCUCAGCCAGGGUGAGGACAGCAGCAGUGAUUUGUCUUCAGACAGUCCUAUAUGGAGUGAGGAUGAGUCGGACCCUGAGCUGGAUCUGAGCAUGCCCCUCUCAGAGCAGGGUGUAGAUAAGGUCACUCAUGGCUCAGAGGUCAUCCGCUGUGUCUGUGAAGUUCAGGAGGAGAAUGAUUUCAUGAUACAGUGUGAUGAGUGUCUGUGCUGGCAGCAUGGGACGUGUAUGGGUCUGUAUGAGGAAAGUGUGCCAGACACCUACAGCUGCUUCAUCUGCAGAGACCCACCAGCCCAGAGGCAGAGUCAGAGGUACUGGUAUGAUAAAGACUGGCUUUGCAGUGGUCAUAUGUACGGCUUGUCUUUCCUGGAGGAGAACUACUCCCAUCAAAACAGUAAAAAAGUGACUGCUGCUCAUCAGCUACUGGGGGAUGUCCAGCGAGUGUUUGAGGUGCUCAAUGGCCUCCAGCUCAAGAUGAGCAUCCUACAAACACAGGCUCAUCCAGACCUGAAACUCUGGCGGCAGCCCUGGAAACAUACAGACGGCCUGCGCAGGAAGGCAGCUGGCGACUCUGGCAUAGCUACUCCCUUCCCCUCUUCACCACAUGAACUGGGAGUUAAUGAGUUUGAGCCAUUGAAAAGUGAAGUCCCGUCACCAGUAGAGAUGCACUGCUCUUUCCAGGACUCAUACAUUAGCAGCGAGCACUGCUACCAGAAGCCCCGUACGUACUACCCGGCGGUGGAGAGAAGACUUGUGGUAGAGACGCGGGGUGGUUCGGAGCUGGAGGACAGCCUGAGAAGCACAGAGGACCUUCUGGAGAUGGCUGAGCAGAGGUUUGGCAUGCCGUUGGACCACGAGCAGCACAAACUGCUGGCUGACCGCACCUUUAGUAAGGAAUUGGAGAGUCGUAUGAAGCGACUGGUUUCCGCUGAGCAGGAGAACAACUGUGUGGUGGACAUUAAGGAAGAGGAGCCUGACCCUGUGACCCCUGACCCCAAGCCCGAACCCAAGUCUGACCCUGACCUUCUGCUGCACCAGCAGUGGCAGCUGAACCUGCUGGAACAUAUUGAGGCGGUGCAGGACGAGGUGACACACAGAAUGGAUCUUAUUGAACGAGAACUGGACGUGUUGGAGAGUUGGCUUGACUACACAGGUGAGCUGGAACCUCCAGAUCCGCUGAACCGCCUCCCUCAGCUGAAACAUCGCAUCAGACAACUCCUCACAGACCUGGGAACAGUCCAGCAGAUUGCUCUCUGCUCCUCAUCCUCUUGAGGGCUCCAGAGAACACACAGAAAGACUGACAGUAGUUCAGACAGAACUGAAUACACACAUAACUGGUGAUGAAAUCAACUCUGAUAGUUCCUGUUUAGUUACAGAAUCCCGAAAAGUCUGAUGGGAAACAGCUGACAUGGUUUGUUUUUAGAGGAAAUGCCUUGCCAAGCCAUCGAAGCUAAUGUGAUAUUAUAGAGAGUGUGUGUGACAGCGAUUGAUUGGACAGUCGGUGCCGGUUAGAGACUUAAGACUAAUAAGGCUAACAAUAUCUGAUGCAAGCAACCCUUUCUUUUGUAUUUGUGGAAUAUAACUCUUCGUUGUAGCACUUAGCUGUGUCUGUCAUAGUCUUAAGAAUUAUUUUGGUGGAUGUCAUUUUCUCUGUAAGCUUUACUUUUGCUAAAUGCUACUUUUUUCAUGUUUCAAAGUGAUCUUUUUUUUAUUUGACUGUUUUGCUCAUCUUGGCUCUGGAUAAAGAGAGCUUAAGGGCCUGAAUGAUAUUUUGUCGUAGUUAAUGAAAACAUAUGUUAAAUAUGAUAAUGACAAUAUGAAAAAUAUUUUAACCUAAAAGUACUUGCAUUUUACUUCUAUAUUUGUACUAAAUAGUCAUGUAAUCAUGUAAAUAACACAAUUGCUUAAAUUCAUGUUCCUUUUUUUUUUUUUUUUUUGUACUUGAUCAAAACUAUUUUGAAUUUGCAUUUAGGAAUUUAUGUAAUCUUUAAUCUUUUGUGAAUACUGUAAUGCUGGGCUUUCUGUUUUUGAAACCUUGAUGUUGCUUACAUUUCAAAUAGUCCACUGGUAUUAAACAAGCCCAGAAUGUUGUUUCCAAUUACAUACUGCUUAUUUGUAUGUGGUUUCUUUCCGUUUUUAUCCUAAACCAUGUUUGUCCGUUUCUGUGUUCAUUUGGGUUUUCUGUUACUUUCAAGUCUACAAGAUUGAUUGUUUUUAAUUUUAAGACUGGGGAUGCCUUUUAAGUUAUUGUAAUUGUGUAUUUAAGUUAUUGAGUCUUUUGCACAGUGCAUGUGUAUGGGGUGUGAGGGAGUAUGUGGUCAGAAAGAGCGAAAGAAAAGCUGGGGUCUUUUCAGUGUUCUCACCCUUUGGUGUUAGUUUUUUUUUCUUUGGUCCAUUUUUAAAUCAGGUAUCUCUAACUACUAUAUAUUUAGAUCUAAAAAAAAAUCAAGCAUUUGAUACAAUGUUUGUAUUGUGUGCAUAUGUGCUUUUCUGUGAACCUCAACAGUGUAAUUACAUGCAGAAAUGUACAUAAAUGUAGCCAACCCAAUGUACACAAUAAGUGCAUUGUAUAAAAUGCCUAUUUUUUAUUUUUAUGUGAGUGCAAAAUAGUUAGACACUGAAUACAAAGUGAUCUAACUAUUACUGUUAAAGAAAGAAAGAAAAAUAUUGUUCCAGAUAUCAUAAUGUUUCAGGCCGGUUUAAGCGCAAUUCACCCCUUAAUUACGCAAAACUAAAUUUUUCAUAAAUCUGUGGAUUCACAAAGUCAUGCCGAAUGGUAUUUGAAAGGUUUUUGUUGUGUUCAGAUCUUUGUAUGACUAGUAUAAGCGAUGGACAGCCUAUUGACCGUUUCUCAAUACUGAAUUAUAUUUUUACAUCUGCCCUGUUGCUUUCCGUUUUCUGGAAAUCUAGAGUAUUGUGGUCCUUUUGCUUUUUACCUUUUUUUAUUUUUUCAAUCUUUUUUUUUUUUACAUUGGGGAUCCCUUGGAAAACUACAAUAAGUUCGGGAAAUCUUAAUGCAAGAAAAAUAAAUGCAACUAUUCAAA